CCCUGAGAUAAAUGAGACAUGGACGGGUGUCAGUUCUCCGGCGGCCAGCAGGUGGCAGCACCGACAGCUCCUCCUCUCUCUCCAUUGGCCUUGACCCGCUAGCCCCGGCACACUGCACACAGACUGGGCUGCGGCUGGGAAGCUCCAACGCGUUUUCCUCGGUACGACCCGCUCCGGCCGCCGUAUACACAGCAACCCGGACUACGCGAUCCUCGAGGCUGAAAAUGAAGCUGAAAGAAGUUGAACGGUCUGCAGUCCAAGCUUGGAGCCCAGCAAACCAGCACCCAAUUUACUUGGCAACAGGUACAUCUGCACAGCAGCUAGAUGCUUCAUUCAACACCAAUGCAGCUCUAGAGAUCUUUGAGGUAGACUUUGGAGAUCCUUUUCCUGACCUGAAACGAAAAGGUGUCUACCUGGCAUCCAGCAGGUUUCAUAAAAUAGUCUGGGGCAAUUUUGAAGGGGGCUCAUCUGGCUCUUCUGGAGUUAUUGUAGGUGGAGGAGACAAUGGAGAGAUAACGCUAUAUAGCGCUUCACAGAUUUUGGCACCUGGAAAAGAACCAGUCAUUGGAAAGAGUUGCAAGCAUACGGGUCCUGUUCGUGCACUGGACCUAAAUCCAUUUCAGAGUAAUCUCUUAGCUUCUGGUGCCAAUGAUUCAGAGGUUUUCAUAUGGGACCUCAACAAUUUCAGUGUGCCAAUGACGCCAGGAGCAAAAUCCCAGCCUGUUGAAGAUAUUAAUGCUGUAUCUUGGAAUCAACAAGUUCAGCACAUCUUAUCCUCUUCUCAUCCCAGUGGUAAAGCCGUGGUGUGGGAUCUCCGCAAGAACGAGCCUGUAAUUAAAGUCAGCGACCACAGUAACAGAAUGCACUGCUCAGGAAUGUUGUGGCAUCCCGAGAUUGCUACGCAGCUUGUUCUGUCUUCUGAAGAUGAUCGUCUCCCAGUGAUUCAAUUGUGGGAUUUACGCUUUGCGAGUUCUCCAUUGAAAAUGCUGGAAAAUCAUACAAGGGGCGUUCUGUCGAUAUCGUGGAGCAGAGAUGACCCGGAAUUACUUCUCAGUAGUUCUAAAGAUAACCGUAUACUGUGUUGGAAUCCAAGCACAAGUGAGGUAGUUUAUGAGCUGCCCGUGAAAAACCAAUGGUGCUUUGAUGUGGAGUGGUGCCCACGGAAUCCAUCAGUGUUUUCUGCAGCUUCGUUUGAUGGUUGGAUUAGCGUGUACUCUGUCAUGGGUGGAAGCUUGGAAGCCCAGCACAAGAGCCAAGCUGACAGGAUUUCGUCCUCCUUUAACAAUUUAGAUCCCUUUGGGACAGGACAACCUCUACCUCCUCUACAAGUGCCACAGCAGUCCACACAGACCACCAUUAUUCCACCUCUAAAGAAGCCACCCCGCUGGAUCCGAAGACCUGUUGGAGCGUCCUUUGCGUUUGGCGGAAAAAUGGUUUCAUUUGACAACCCUAAAACAAGUGUGCAACCAACUCAAGAACCCAGUACUCGCCAGGUCUACAUCAGUCAGGUUACUACUGAAAGGGAGUUCUUGGCACGAUCAAGUGAGCUACAAGCAGCUUUGCUGUCUGGUAACCUCCUGGGCUACUGCCAAAAUAAAGUGCAGACCUCUUCCCAUGCUAUUGAGAAGAAUAUCUGGAACUUCCUCAAGGUUAACUUUGAACAAGAUGCAAGAGAAAAAUUCCUCAAGCUGCUAGGAUUCAACAAGGAAGAGCUGGAUAAAAAGAUCUCUUCUGCUUUGGGUGAUGGUUGGCAAAACAAAAACAGCCCUUCAGAUGGUGAAGAUCUGGUUCAGAGCAUCCAGUCUGUAUCUAGUCAGGCUUCCAGCAGCUUCACUGGGCAAACUACUUCAUCCUCCUCCUCUAUGGAAUUUUUUAAUCUACCUCCUCAUGACUCAGCCAAGUUUGAAAUCCCAGUAUCCUUUGACACCGAUGGAUUGAUAAGUCAGGCUCUGUUGAUGGGAAACUUUGAGGCAGCUGUGGACCUGUGCUUAAAGGAUGGUCGUUAUACUGAUGCCAUUAUAUUGGCCAAUGCCGGAGGGGAAAACCUUCUGAGAGAGACGCAGCAAUGGUAUUUCACUCGCCAAAAAAAUAAGAUCACUUCACUUCUGUCUUCUGUAGUCCAGCAGAAAUGGAAAGAUGUGGUCCUGGGCUGUAACCUGCAGAAUUGGAAAGAAGCUCUAGCUCUGCUGCUGACUUAUUCCAAACCUGAGGAAUAUGCAGAGCUGUGUGAUGCCCUUGGAAAUCGUUUAGAGUCAGAAGGAGAGGGAAAUCUAUCUACCCAAGCCUGCUUGUGUUACAUAUCUUCGGGAAAUGUGGAUAGGUUGGCAGAGUGCUGGGUCAGAACUCAUGAAACCUCAACACCACUUGCCUUGCAGGAGCUGGUGGAGAAAACAAUGGUAUUGCGAAAGUCAAUUGAAUUACUUCGAGGGGCAGGACAGUCUCCACAAUGCCCUGUGCUUGCAGAGAAGGUAGCGCAAUAUGCCAGUUUGCUGGCAUCUCAGGGGAAUCCAACUGCUGCCAUGAGCUACUUACCUGAGGAUUCUGAGGAGAGAUCAGUACAUGAGCUGCGGAAUCGUCUGCUGAAUGCUCAGGAACAGGCUGUGAAUGGUCAGCCCUAUGCCUCUAAGGCAUCCAGUAACCAUCCUUCACCUAUAGCCAAACCAAGCAAAGUAUCAGAAGUCCCUGCAUACAAAGACCGAAGUAUACAGGCUUCAUCCAAACCUCCAGCUAGCACUGGAUUUCCACCUCAGCCAUCAGUGCCUUCCAUUUUUAUGCCGCAACCAAUGCACACAACAGUGGGUCCUCCUCCAUCCGUCCCGUUCCAACCUGCCUCUGUGCCACAUUCUAAUGCCUACCCAAGGGCAGGAGCCUGGCCGCCUUACCCAACACAACAGUCACAAUCAGUUGUACCAGGAUUUGUACAGUGUCAACCAUUAAAGCAGACCGCCCAGAUUCCAACGGCUACUAGUUUAACUCCAUCACCAGUUACAGGACAUAUACCACCUGCUAAUCCUAUGAAUGUACAAAGUGUUCCUACUCCUUCUGGAACCACGUUCUUCCCUCCAGCCUCCCACCAUUCGUCACAUGGAUCUACCACCUACCCAGCUUCAGCAUCAUCUAUGUUAAUGGGUCAACCUCCAACACCCCCCUCCAUGACUGCCUCUUAUACUCCAUUUAACUACCCAGUGGGGUUGGGAUUUCACCAUGGUGGACCAGGAGCUCCAUCUAAUCUACCACCACCUCCAACAGGUUCGUUUUCCUGGCUGCAGGAUAGGAAAGAUGCAGCAGGAGAGCAUGAAAGUUGGGCGGAUUCAUUGAAAGCCGGUAUGCAACGAAAAAAGCCAAGUGCUUAUGUUACUCCAGCUCCUAUCACUGCUCCAGUGAUGAGCUUUCCCUCUGAGCCUGACCUCCUUCAACCUCACCUGAGCAGAAGUCAUGACCCUGGUCAGACACCCCCUGGUGCUCCUAAAGAAGCAAGCUUACAGAGCUUGCAUCGGCUGCCUGUAGAAAAAAUAGAGAAAAAAGAAUUACCCGCAGAGCAUCUACCUCUCCAAAGAACAUUCAGUGGGCUUGUGCAGCGCUGUUCUUCAGUGGCAUCUGACCCAAAAACGAAAAGAAAACUUGAAGAUGCUUUGCAAAGGUUGGAGUUUUUAUAUGACAAGCUGAGAGAAAACUCUCUCUCUCCGCAUAUCCUGGCUGGACUGCAUGAAAUCGCUCGUUGUGUGGAAAGCCAAAAUUACCAGCAAGGUCUUGUUGUUCACUCGCAGGUUGUCAGCAGCAGCAACUUCAGUGAAGUCUCCAGUUUUAUGCCCAUUUUGAAAGUCCUUAUGACUAUUGCCAGCAAGUUGGGCAUGUAGAGCCAGAAAGUCCUAUGGACAUUACUAUGACUGGGUUACACAUCUUUGGCACAGGUGCAGAUCUCCCUUUCAUACCUGUGUGCUCGUAUACAUACAUGUAUAUGUAUGCACUGCAUACCUCUGCAGCUUUAUAAAGAUACCCUUUUCUUUCUUCCCUUUUUUUUUUUUCUAAGGCCGAACAAGGAACUAAUGCAGAGCUAUCUUAAAUCAAGGAUGACCUUGCAUAUCAGCCAUAACAGUUGUGCCUUGUUUGUGCCAUUAACCACACAAGGCUUUACAUUGAAUUGUUAAAAGGAACAUAAAAUAAAGUCCACCAUCAUCACAAUACACUCUUUAUACCCCUUUGCUCCGGUGUGUGGUGUAAAACUAAAGGAUAUUUGAAUGCUAAAGGAUAUAUAAAGAAGUGAAUAGUUGCUCGACAGCUGUUUUUUUUUCCCCCUAACACUAUACAAGGCUUUUGUUUGGUUUAAGUUCUUGGUGUGGCUUUGGCUAGCUAUAAGCAUUAUUAUUGCAGAACUCCAUCUGAAACUGCUUAGCAAAGUUAAAAAGAUGAUGGGGGUGAUCUCUAUUUUUUUUUUAAAGAAAGCUUUUCUCUGCAGGCCCUUUGUAUAGAUCUGGAACUCUAAGGUUCUUCUUGUAGUCCAUUUCCUUUUGUAACUCAUCCUGGCAUUGACUGUCAGUAUCAGUACUAUGCCAGCCCAAUUCACUACAGUGUGUUAUUCUAUUAUACAGUAAAGAGUAGACUGCCAGGGAGCAUCACAGAGGAGCUGCAAGGGUCAACAAUAUACACAGCGUACCCCCCUGAAAUAAAUUUUUCUUUUUGAAGAGAACGCCUAGCAUCUGCAUACAAUUGCAUAUUGAUGAAGGACACUGUGCCUCAGCAGAAAAGGGUCCUUGGAUUUUAAAAAAUAUAUAUUAUUUGCUGCUUAAAAACCUAUGACCAGCGGUGUGAAGAACUUUUUUUUAAUAUAUAUUCUGUCUUAUUUAAUAAGUUGUGGUUCUAUAAAAAAAAAAAAAUGCUCAGGUAGCUACUAUAGUGUUUUUUUUUGUUUAAAUGUUAUUUGUGUUAUUUAUCAUAUGUUUAUGAAAGCACAAUAUACUGAAUAAACAGACAAUGAAAAGGG